AUGAAUUACUGGCAGAUGGAAGUACAUUACAUAAACUCUGGGUUUCCCUAUGUUCUCGCUGAGAAUUUUCUGGAUUUGUUUGAGGGUCUCGCAUAUAUUGGUGGAGAUGCUUCUCUCUCAAGGUUUCUGCAUUAUCAGGUAAUCCUGUUCGGUUUGAACUUCUUCCUUUGAUCACCUCGGAUCAGAUUCUGAGCGUGUAAAACAUCAUCUGUAAAGUUCACGUCCUUAAACAUGGAAUUCCUUGCUUGUCCCAUCAGGCUUCUGGUGAAAAAUAACAUAUUAAAAAGUAUAUAAGUUAUUUAUUUAAAAAAUCCAUUUAUUCUUAUACUUUUUCUAUAAGAUUAUCCCCUUCCCUUAAACAGAAUAUGGGUAUUGCCUUGAUCUUAUCGCUUACCCUCAUCUAUUGAAACACUAACAGCAUUUAUUUCUUUUGAAUCUGGAGAUUUAAGAGAAUCAUCUUUGAAAUUCUAUUUGCAGCCAAGUUCAUAUUGUUCAUCGAUGCACAUAUAUUCAUACAAAUAUGGAUCUUCUUGUCCAAGGAGUGAUUUCUGUUAUGAAAUGGGUGAUGCGUACGAGAUAAAUGGUAAUGCAUUGAGAUUCAAUGAAAGCAUACAGGUUUGGGAUGGUUCGGCAGUUCUGAGUGAUGAAGAAACAUUAGCAGUUGCUCCAUACGGAGGUAGAGUUGGUGCUGAACCAGCUGCCCACGCAAGUGAUGAGGAACGUAAGUCUCAUUUAUUGUGCUCAUGGGGGCACUAAAUAUUUUAAUUAUUUGUUCUCUGAUCUAAGAUUUUUGUGUACAGUGCCGCGAGAUCUCAGUAAUGUUAACUUUUGUGUUGUUUCUCUUAUUCGCCACACAGAAAUGAAUCAAUUCUCAAGUGUAUAUUGUCUGUUAAUACCUGUAGUUGUCUGCUUGCUUUUUCCCGUCGAGCACAUAAUUGGGAAAGAAAUCUCUACUGGAGUCACCUUGAGAUCUCUAUUGUUCUUGCACUAGUUUUAAUCUCUGAGAUAUUUGCGCAGACAUACGACGCUACUAAAAAAAUAAAAUCUUUAGCACCAAAUAUCUUCACUAAUCUCGCAUUAAUAUUGACAACUGAAGAUUUUUACGAGAAACAUUCAAUAGCAUCGUUAAUUGGGUGUAUUCCAUUUUCCAUUAUUCUUAUCUCAUAUUUUAUUUUAAUUUUUAAUUUCUCUUUAAAAGUCCCCAUGAUUAGGUUCUUUAAGAAUAUUUUUAAUGUUCCAGGCAUCAUUUUUCUCUUGUGGUAUAUCUGAGAAUUUUUUAAUUUUAUUUUUGAAUUUUAUAGGUAUUCAAAGUCACAAUCACACAGGAGACCCUCAAGUAAGAGUCCUCCAUUGUUUUUACACCUCCUAACAUAUUUCAACUGCCUCGUGUUACUCAAUUUCUUCUUUAAGAAUUUUUUUUAGUCAACUAUUUUUUUCUAAAACUGAUUUAAAUUAGGGCUACAUAAGAAUUGCCCUACUCCGUACUUUAUUUAGAGUUGGCGAAGACAAACCCUGUUAGCGAGAUCAGAUUUGGGGAUUGAGUAUCUAAGAGUAGUCUCACAAGAGUAAGAACAAGUAAAUCCCUGUGUUCUUGCUUGGAAUGGAAUCAUGAGAUCUUGAGACUUGUAGGAAAUUUAAGCAGAUAAGAUCCAUAGUUUCUUGUUUUUAUUUUUUUAAAUACGUAUUCCUGCCUUCCCAAAGCUUAAUCUUGUGCCUGUAAAUCUGGAAUUUUACAGGAGUUUCCGGAUAUUGGCGUGGCAACUGGGACUAAAAGCAGGGGCCUCCCUGAAGAACUCAUUCUCUCACUACCGACAUCAAAGUGCAAACGUUGGUUUUUCUCAAGAAAGAAGUCCCGUGGUGAACGGUACCAGCUCCAUCUCUCUCUCUCUCUCUCUCUCUCUCUCUCUCUCUCUCUCUCUCUCUCUCUCUCUCUCUCUCUCUCUCUCUCUCUCUAUCAUUUGAGAGUGGUGCGCCCUUGCAGAUGUGUGAUCUGCCAGAUGGGCUACAAGAGAGGGGAGAGACAGAUGAUCCUCCCCUGCCGCCACCGCUACCACGUCGGCUGCAUCUCCAGGUGGCUGGGCAUCAAUCGGGUACGUCCCCUCCCGGCCCCAACUCACCCCCCAUCUGCCUCCUUCCCCCCAAUCAUCAGUUGACCUCCUUCUCCCCUCUUCUUAACCAGGCUUGCCCGAUCUGCCUUGCCGAGGUGUUUGCUGAGAAGCGCCAAUGCCCAUAA